AGUGGCUCGCAUCUGUUUAGCCGUUGGCUUUCAGUGUACAAAUGACCGGAGCCGCGAACGUCCAAAAAAUCGCGCGCAGUCCUCACGAUUGCGAACAUUAAAACCAUGUUAGAUGAAUAAACGUGAAGUGUUAAUUUAUCGCCAAGGAUUUAUUUUUUUCGAUUUAAAGUUGUGAAGUGAUUGUUGAUACGACUAUAACAAAUUCAUUUUACUAUCAUAAAGUCAUUAGACGGUGCAACUGCGCGUAAUACUUGCACACGAAUUAUGCAAUCGUUUUCAACAUCCACCGUCUCUAUGCAGUGUUAUAUUCAAUCAUUAAAAUUAUUUGUUAGUGAUGGUUAUCGCGCGCUUAAAAAUGUAUACAGAACGGAAUGGGAAGAUCACGUGCUACUAAAUUUAUGUGUGUUGAAAAACAAAAUUGACAUUGGUGCUAUUUUCGAGUGAAUGCUGAAGAAUAGUGAUGUUUGGCAUAAUGCCAGUGUUCAUAGCUAACAGCUGAUCGUAAACAAAUAGAUUAUCAUUAAGUAAAAGCUUAUUACGGGUUUUCCAAGUUGCAAUAUCUAAGUUAAUAAAGUAACAAAUGCCGAGAAACAAAAGUGAAAGGAUUUUAAAAAAUGGAAAACGAAGAAGACUCUAGUGACAGCAACACUCCAAUUAUCGAUGACAACGUAAUACGUAUCCAACUACGUAAGCCUUCACACAGAAAAUGGGAACUACGAACGAGAAAUCAUUCACCAGGUAUCAGAUUCCCAACGGUGCAGCUUUUCGACUGCGAAGGAAACCUAUUAGUAGAAACAAACGACGAAAACAUAUCUAUUAAAAGUUCCGAUUACGAUGAACCACAUUUAAGGACUAGUCAAUCCUUACGUGAAACAGAUUACAAGCAUGUUAUUAAUCACAAACUUCCUAGGAAGCACAACACGAUUUCAGGUGACAGAGUAUACACGCGUGUAUACAGAACUCCUGCCUUAGUAAAUGAAAACAAUAAUGUAAGUUAUAUUGUUAAGAAUAAUGAUAGUGUAUGCAACAUUCCAAGUAAACUCACAGUUAAUAAUAGCUAUAAUAACUUACAUCCAAGCAGUAUUGAAACUACACCAUUUCAUUCGGAAGGACCUAGCGAAGCUAGUAGUUACAAAAGUUCAGAUAAUGAAACUUGUGAAGACGAUAAAGAAAUAUCAGUGUACAAGGACAUAGAUGGCUCUAUACACAUCAAUGGAGAAUCGAACAACACUAAUAUUGCUAUUCAGUCAACUGAAGAAAAGAGCCCAAACUUCACACUUCAAACUUCGCAAUCUUUCAAUGACACUGCGCUGAGAGAAAGAACAAUUACUAAUGAAAUAACCCGUUCAAAUUCAGGAAAUAGUUUUUAUACAUUACCACGAAACAAAAUAUCUUUUCUGAAUACUUACUUGAGAAGUUUAGCUGUACGACGAGCAUCGAGUGCCAAUUCUAUUACUAUAUCUCGAAGUACAAAGCCUUUAGUAACUUGUGAACAGGCUUCCUGUAACCAGCAGUUGAAUAACAUAGAAUUAAAAGAGAAAGACGAAAAAACAAAUGUCAUAAAUUCAAGAGAUGACAUAUCUGAAAGUGAAUUCAUUAAUAUGUCGACAGAUGUCGCAGCUGAUUGCGAGUUGAGAAAACGAUUGAAGUUAUAUAGGCGAGGAUUAUCAGAAAUUGAACAACGCGAACGAAAAUUAAGUAGUUCAUCGAACAAUAGACGUUAUUCUGUUAGUGGUGCUAUUCAAUUAAGUCGAUCCUCCUCAUCGGAAAGUGUUGAUGAAGCGGAUGUGGUACUAAAUCGAUUAAAACGAAGAAUAUUUAAAAACAAGACAAGAGAAAAGCAUCGCAAACAAUACGUAUAUCAAAACCAGAGUAGAAGAGUUAGUGAUAGCGAGACAAAACCGUGGCGCUAUGAUGCCGGCGGGGCCGACUUGAGGUCCCGCCACGCUAUGGGCUCCAACAUCAGCCAGCACUCGUCUAAAGGUCUCAAGGGCCGACGGGCAAGGUCUAGCGGAGAUCUCUGCAAUGGCGACGCUAAAAGUCAAACCGAGUCUUCAGUAUGUGGGUCCGUGGUGGGUGACGUCAUGGGAUGGAACAGGUCCCUGCCGAAUCAUCUUGAUGGCAACCGCCACCUAGCGGAUUACAGUCGUGUCAACAACAACUAUGGAGAACUCGGGACGUAUAAUCGAUGUCAAAAAGGCGGGCGGGGAUUGCGGUACAGAGUCUCAAAAUCAGGAUCAGAUGCGGAACCAGUAUGGAAGCUGCAAGACUCUCAGUUCGACCAGGGCUACGGGUCGGAGCGGUCGCCAGAAGAGGAAUACGUGGCGCCUCUGCCCCUCGCUCCCCUCGCCGCCGCAGCCUCCCUGGAGGAGUAUGAGGCGGAACUACGCAACCUCUACCCAUUUAUCACCGAGGACAACACAUUCACCGUGGUGGUUGAGAAGGACGGACGAGGUCUAGGCAUGUCGGUGUGCGGCGGGGCAGGGCUGGUGCGCAUCCGACGCCUGUACCCGCCGCAGCCCGCCUGGCGUACCGGUCGACUGGCGCCCAGGGACCUCCUGCUCGCAGCUAACGGUGUGCCUCUAGCCGGUCUUAGUACCUACGAAGCACUGGAGGUGCUAAGAACAGCGGCGACGCGUGUUGAGCUGCGCGUGUGCCGACCGCCUAGUGACGCGCUGGAGAGCCUGACGCCGCCCGACCCGCCGACGCCACCCGUCCGCACACCUCACCCACCACAUCUACCGCCGCUCGACCCCCUCAACUGCCAUCCCUUACAUGCUCGGCUAUCUCAAACAACUAGUAGCGCGACCACAUCGUCUUCAGAAGGCCGGGGCAGGCGGGAGGUGAGCCCUGAACCUGACAGGCGGGAUCUACAUCUCCCAGACUUGGACAAGCCGCUGCCUGUAUACGAUAUACAGUAUGGAGAAUUCGAUAUAGUGAUGACGAAGGUGAAUGGAUCCCUGGGCUUCACGUUGCGAAAGGAGGACCACAGUGCACUGGGGCACUACGUCCGUGCGUUGGUCCGGGAACCUGCGCUCAGCGACGGCAGGAUACAGCCAGGGGACAGAAUCGUCGCGGUGAAUGACACGCCGAUGUCCAACAUGUCACACACGGAGGCUGUGUCAUUUCUGCGCGCGUGCGGCGCGGACGUGCGCCUGCGACUAUACCGCGACCACGCCGCCACGCCUCUCUCGCCCGUCUCGCCUAAGGAUGAUGGACCCACUGACUCCGACCCACCACUCAACAGGCCUAAACCACCAUUGAGACCAGAAGCAGUAUCAAUGCUAUGCGACCUGGCAGCGCGGCGACUGACGCCGGAUGCGGCUGACGGCGCGCGCUCGCCCUGUCUCUCCCCGCGCAAAUUCCGCAAGCUCACUAAAGACAACAACCACUACGAACAACCCACUGAUGGCCCAAGUACGGACAUAAAGCUUGAGACACACUAUCCGCUAGUCGAUACCGUCGACGGUACGGUGAGCGAUUACAAGCAGCAACAGCUGCCACAACUGCAACAGUUACAACAGCUGCCGCAGCGUACUGCUACACUCACCAGCCCCACAGCCCCGCCCACUUGUAGGAAACAAAAGUUGAGUCUGACAGUGCCUCCUCAUGGUUACGAGUUAAAUAACCUGGACAACGAUACCCUGGACGCGCCGAACGUGUACCAGGAGGACAUAAGACCGAGGUACACGGAGGCAGUGUUCCCAGUCGACUCGGACGAGCCUGUAUCAAUGCCGGUGGAAUUGUCGAGUGAUGAAGCGCGCUUCAAGCAUUCCAGUCCAGCGUACCAGAGCGCUGUGCUGACUUCUAGCAGCGAAGUCGCCUCAGAUGGAUACAAAGACGAUGGAAAUGGUUUAAAGAAAUGGAAAGGCGUCGCUCUGUCGCCCGACAAUGAACGGAAGAUGAUACCUGAAACACAGCCGAAACCUAAAGUUAUGGAUGUUGCGCAAAAAGAAAACGUCAAACCUGGACCGCCUCAAGAAAACGUUAACAAUGAACCGACGAUAGUUACAGUGGAACUGAACCGGGGCUGGAACAGUCGGCUGGGGUUCAGUGUGCAGAGCCACCCGGAGUCUGGUCAGAGCUACAUCUCCGCUGUGUACAGUGACAGUGUGGCCGCGCGUGAUGGCCGCCUGCGUCCCGGCGACGUCAUACUGCAGGUGAACGAUGAAAAUGUAACAUCAAUGAAGACACCAGAAGUGAUAGACUUACUGAGAAUACUCCGAGGCUCGAUCUGCAUCACCGUACUACGUCCUCCCAGCUCUAAAUAAACUCAUACCCAAUACAAGCAUAAGGCGACUAAGAUAUAAAUUAUAAUCACGUAACAAUUCAAAAUGAUUAUUCUUAGCACAGAGAAGCACUAAAAUAUUGCUUGAACAACACAAGCCAUAUAUUUGAACACAUUAUUAGUUUAAAUAAUGAGAUUAUUGAUAAAGACAUAGCAUCGUUAUAUUAAAAAAUGUAAUUGAAUUCUAAAAAGGACUUUUAAUAGAUUAAAGUAUAACACGAUUCAAACUUUAUGGCCGCUUGUGGUUAACGAACGCAUAUCUUACUAUACCUAAAAUUGUAUUUUAUGCAGUUUCAAGCCGAGCUACUGUAAAGUUUGUAUGGCACUAUGACAGUAAUAUUCGUGUGAUAUAUAGGAAUUAUUAAGACAAUCAUUGGUAAGAUAACACCCGCACAAAUGCUUUAUCUUGAACGCAAAUAACACGUAGUGUGAUUUAUUAAAAUAAGCAAUCAAAUAUCGUUUAAUCGUAGUACAUCUUGUCACCUUCCUUAUUACUUAUGAUGAAAACUUUUAACUUACCACAAUGUAUUAAAAGUUCCUAUAACAAAUUCAUUUACGUCAUCUAGUUGUUUUUUUUUAAUUCACACUAAAUUGCUUUCUAACUUACUAUAUUGUGGAAUUGAUCUCUUAAAGAGUCUCGUAAAAAUUAUAAAAAAAAACAUUAGCUUAUAAAAAAAUAAUUAUGAUACAAUUUUAUGUCUUUGGUCAAAUAACACCUAUAAUAAAAAAUCAUAGCAUUAAAAACGUUCAGAAUAUAGAUAAGAAAAAAAAUUAAGAAUCACAUGCCUAUUUUCCUAUUGGAAAAGAUUUGCGUUUGAUGUCUAUAAAAUAAUUAUAAUUUUAAAAAUAAAAAUUAUAAAAAGUCGAAA